UCGAUGGCAGACGGACAGGUGUGCAGGCCAGAUGCAGGCUGGGAAUGGGCACCUACUGAAUUCAGCUCUGACAGUGACUCACUGUCCAGCCUCGGGCAUGUCACACCACCUCUCUGUACUUUGGUUUUACUGGCUGGAAAACAGGGAUUAGAAUACCUGCUGCGGAGCUGAGGACUGGUUACAUGUCUGCGAAACACCAUGAAGAUCAAAGGCAACUCGGCGUAUAUCAAUGCCGUCUGAUAGCCUGGAGCCUCGGGGGGACUUGCCAGCUCAAGCCGGCUUAUCCUAGGAGCGUCUUUGACACACUGAGCUGCAGAUGGCCUUGAAAUCUCACUGACGGGGGAAAUCGAGUCACACCAAAGCGGCCUCCUGCCCCUGCACGCUCGCUCUACGAGCCAUGGAGGCCACCGACGUGCCGGUGGGGAACCUCAUUGACUUUGAUUCCGAGCCCCCUGCCUCCGUCCCCGCUGAGACCCCUCCCUCCCCCCCUCAACCCUCCAGCGGCAAUGGGUUACUGGGGGACCCGGCAUCUGUAGGAGAGGAGAGCGACACCACGGAGUCGGCCGACAGUGAGAACGACAUGGGGGAUUCGCCCAGCCAUCACAGCUGGAACAACUACCGCCGCUCCUCCUCCAAUGAGUCCUUCUCGUCCAACCAGAGCACAGAGUCAGCCAAGGACGAGGUGAUGGUGGAGCGCCGGGAGUUCAUGAGGCAGUAUGUGGAGAAGAUCUUCAGUGGGGGGGAGGACCUGGACCAAGAAGAGAAGGCCAAGUUUGGGGAGCUGUGCAGCGGAGAGAACGGAAAAGGCAGGGAGUGGUUUGCAAGAUACGUCAGUGCUCAGCGCUGUAACUCCAAGUGCGUCUCGGAGCAGACUUUCUAUCGGCUGGUGCAGUCCUUCGCGGUGGUGCUGUUCGAGUGUCACCAGAUGGAUGACUUUGGUCCUGCCAAAAAUCUAAUGACCAUGUGUUUCACUUACUAUCAUAUCGGUAAAGCCCAGGCGCUGCCCUCAGAGGCUAAGGAGAAGCCCAUGGGGAGCAUCGACUCGUACCUGAAGUCGGCGAACAGCUGGCUGGCUGAGAAGAAAGACAUUGCCGAGCGACUCUUGAAGAACACGUCAGCGAAGACUGAGAAUGUGAAGGGCUUCUUCGGGGGGCUGGAAACCAAGCUCAAGGGACCCACGGGCAAGAAAAGCGAGGAAGGGGAAGACAAACCGAAGGAGAAGCUGCAGAAGACAGUUUCCUUGUACGGCCCCGAGGAGGAGGAAGAGGAGAAGAAGGGAGAGAAGAUCUAUUUAUAUAUGCACCUGAAGCAGCAGCCUAUCUGGCACACCCUGAGAUUUUGGAAUGCAGCCUUUUUCGAUGCUGUCCAUUGCGAGAGGAGGAAGAGAUCUCCCACCACCAGAGGGAACGCUGGAGAGGAAGAGGAAAAGAGGGAGAAGUGGUGUCACAUGACCCAGGAGGAGCGUGACGACAGCCUACGGUUUAACGAGAACAUCACUUUUGGGCAGCUUGGCACCUUCACUCACAACAUGUUGGCGUUCGGCCUGAGCAAGAAGCUCUGCAACGACUUCCUGAAGAAGCAGGCCGUGAUCGGCAACCUGGAUGAAGAGCAAAACAAGCUGCUUAGUGAUCACAUCGAGCAAAUGGCUGCCGAAUAGCCGUCUGGCCUGUGUCCGGCGUUUGGAGAGAGGCGCGGCAGUGGGUGUGGGUGCGGACUGGGAGGACUCCUCCUCCUCCAAGACCACCCACAACUGAAGAUGGGCUGCGUAAAACCACCGCAAUAAACCUGCAUGAUUGUCAGCAAACCUUAGAGCUGCGCUGUGCAGCCCGUAGAAAUAGGAGCUCAAACAAAACCAACCCUUUUCAGAUGCUCCUUCAUCCCUGAGCCCCGUCACAUUGUCCGAGUCGAAUAUUCCAAGAGGUGUUUUUGUCUGUAAAAUGGAGUAACUGCUCAAGAUCCCUGUGUGUUUAUGUGGGCUCGGGGAAGGGGCAGGAUUGCUGUAUCCCAGGCACCAAGGAGGUGCCUUGCACUGGCCAUGCUGCUGAAAACUUUGUUUCCUGAUGUGACUGCUUCAGUAGCCAACAGCUGAUGAGGUCAAGAGAUACUGUAGGCAGGGUGGGGGGUUGGAUGUAAAGGGUGGGAAUUAAAUGGUAGCACUAGGUGCUUGUUACUUUAGAAGGUUGGUACCCAGCGGCUAAUCCAGGUGAAAACAGGACUCUAAGCCCCCCAGCUCAGAGAUCAAGAGCUGUACCCUCCUUGUAGUGCGUUGUGCACUGAAAGCUUAUCCACGACAGCUGCACCCUGCGUUUUGCUCUGACAGAUUAGCAGCUGCUGCGAUAAGAACCAGCUUUGAGAUCAGAGCGAUCUGUCCCAUCAUCUGGUUUGACCUGCUGUUCUGCAGUGAGAUGGGCUGCCGCCCUUGCAGUUUGCACAGAAAGGAAAUGUUGAUUACUUCCAUUAUUGGGGCUAGAGAGGGAGAGAAUUCUUUAGUGACAAAAUCUGGGCAGAUGGGACCGCUCUGGGAGAGGGUAGGAGACUGAUCGUGGCGCCGCAGGUAGUCUGAUUUUGUGUCAAAAUGCAUUUCAUUUCUAUCUGAAAACGUCCCUCUUGGUCUGGGCAAUAAGCAGGCGUAGAGAAACUCAUGCAGAUCUUUCUGCUGCAGUCAGAGAAACGCAGUAUCUGGCUAACCAGCCCCCUCCUUCAAUACAAAGAUUCUUCCACGGUGACCCUUGGAGAACAUGAUUGUAUUUGCUUCAAGGGAAGCGGGUGAAGUUUGUACAUCUCAGUGUGAGGGCAAAUAAAGGACCUUCCUUAGUACGCGCGAUAGACUGGUGGCAGCCUUGUUGCGGGGAUUCUGCAGAGGUCCACAGCCGUCAGUUGGAGAGAGGAGGAGAGGGGUUGCUUUGCUUGGGUUCUGCUGGUAGAGAUGGUAAAGCAGCAGCAGGACGACCUUCUCCCUUCUGCAUUUCCUCUUGCAGAUUCUAAAUUGCUCUGAAAAUCCUCCAGGUGGCACCUUCCCACCUGGUCCCCUCCCCUAGAGUUUCACCCCAUUUCAGUUCGCUUGGUGGAGCAAUGGAGUGGAGUUCAAGGCUUGGGCGUGGAACUAUAUGGGAUGAGAGUCUGGCCCCCAGGUGGGGGAGGAACUCUGGGGCAGGAGGCGCCCCAAAAAUGAUUGGAGCAUGACGUGUCCUUGUGACUUGCCCCAAUACAUAAUAAACCCAGGAUAAUUUUCCUGUUAACCACCGCUUCCAGCCACCAGUUUUUCAGAUGGACCAGGCCAGACUGAUGCAUGUCUGUCUGUCUACUUCCAGAGCAGGUGCAGCCUGCUCACCUCCAGGGUGCUAGUGAGUCACUCAGCCUCUGGGCUUUCUCCAUGCCAGGCUACAGAUCGUGCUGUUCUUGUUCCAAGUGGAAACAAAAUAUUAAUCUUAUUAUUUUCCCACAAAUGUAAUCAUCCUCCGUUCUCCUUCCUGACCCCUCCCAUACCAAUCAGCUUCAUGAGCCAUCCUGAAAUGGCCUUUUGUAAAUACUCAUUUUAUUCCUGGCCUUGAGUGACUCCAGCCUCCUGGAUAUAUUGUAAUCAGUAGAGCAGAGUACACAGACUUUCAUUUCUUUCUGGGUCCCUUGUUACCAGAGUGGCAUGCAGCUUGCGUCAGUGAAUCGUGGGUGUCAAGUGUUUAGAGAGGGAUGGAGUGAUUAGAAUUAUCCAGGUAUAAUACCAGUGACUUUAAAAGAGGCCCCAGACUUUACUAUGUAAACUUUUUUUUUUUUUUUUGGUAGGUGCAGAUGGCUAGAUAAAAAUGGGAACUUUGUAGCAAAACUCAGGGACCUUAGAGAUCAGUGCUGGAAUUUCUUCUAGAAAAGCCUUAUGCAAGGGAAAUGGGAUUGCUUCUCCCGUGGGAACAUAAGGCGUGUCGGAAGCCCACGUUAAAGGCUGUGGCGCACAGAGACAUGCAAAAGGCAGGCAAGCUUUGAGCCCCUUCAUGUGCUCGGUGGCUGUCAAACAAGGAUUUACAGCCUAGCACACGCUAAUUUACAAUAGAAAUCGUGCAGUUGUCUGCUUCAGAAAAUGAAAUGCUUCUUGUGUUGUGAUGUUCAGGUGACCAUUUUGCUGUGUGUGUUCAGUGCUUUGUCUCUCUUCACAAGUAUUACCGUGGCUGAACUCUGUGUUUACAUGAGCCUGCGUUUCAAGGGAUGUUUGUCCAGGGCUGCUCUGUGCUCUCGGUUACGUCCUGUAAGAUUAAUUCAUAGUGUCGCAGGUUUGUUUUAAUGCAGCCUCUUGACUUGUUGGCCCUGCAGUGUAACUUCCUAAAUCUAUAGAAUGGUAUUUAACAUCGUGAGUAACCUCUCUGCGAAUAUUCCCAGUCACGUUGAGAUUUUGAAGUGCUCUGUGAUUCUUCCUAGCCCCCAAAGCAAGCCAGUAACCGUAGACUGAUGCUCAGGAAAUGAAAAAAUGUCCUACGUAGAUGUUCGUAAAAGUGCUAAAGUCUCCUUGGAGUGUCAGAAGCAGCGGCAUUUGGUGUUGGGUAUGCGACCAAAUAUUGUGGUGUUCAUGAGCUCCGGGGUGGGUGAUCCUUUUCCUGCAGAUUGCAAAUGCAGUAGAUCUGCUGCUUCUGAUCCAUGCCAGUUUUGGUGUGUCCAUGUUGUCGUCAGUUACUUACUACUAAGACUUGUUGUUCAUCAUGCGUUAAUAGGAGAAGUCCGUGCUUCCGUCCUGGGUUAAAAGGCAGAAGCCACGACUAAGUGCAAAUGGGAGAGAUCCCAGAGCAGUCUAAGGAGAACGUGCUUUAGGGUUUGUUUGUUUUUUCCAAUAUUAUUAAGUGGGAACAGCUGAGUAGCACAAGGCAGUAAAGUCCUCUGUGUUCCCCACACCUCCCAGAGUUGCCUCUCUUUGCCCAUGCUAUCUAGCAAACAGCCCAGUUGCCAAGCGUCGCCCACUGUCACAGUCCCCUGCCUCAGCCCUUUCAGGUCAGAGCUGCUUUGUGCCAAGUACACCUCUGGGGAAUACCCUAGUCACUGCUCUCUUGCGAGGCUCCCGAGACUCCCCUCCUCUGUGGAAUGCGGGAGAGCUGAGGCACUCAGGCUCCCGGAAAGCUUGACAAAUGGCGGAUGCUUCCCAAUAACCUCUCCCCCCCACCUCCUCUCCGAGACACCCAAGGAUGGAGUAAGAGGGGAGUUGUGCCAGCCUUGCAGGGUCCUUGUCCCCACUUGGAAAAGAGGCAGACAUCUGGGAUCCAGUGGCCAUCCAUGACAGGUGACCAGCCUGACUCAUAGGGCUGUAUCUCCUCUCCUGGGCCUGUCCAGCAUAUGGACGUAAAGGUCAGCUCCUUGCUUGCUGUUGGAUUGGGAGCAGCCACAGAGACACACACACCCCCCGCUCAGGGUCUCCGGAGUGCUCUGCUGGGAGAGAGGCUUGGUUCCCUGCGGAAGUUAAGUUAGGAGACCACUGUCUGUGGAGCAGCCAGCUGGAUUGGAGGGAGAUCUUGACUCCAUUAGCCAGGGCCAGCGAAGCACUCAAGCCAUAUGCAAAACUUUAAUCAUGUGACUAGACCUAAUGACAUCACGUGAUCAAAGUUGCACACAUAGGUAUGUAAGCACUAGGCUGGCUCAGGGCCCCCAGCCCAGAUGACCUUUCCCAUCAGUUGUUUUAGUUUAUUAACUUUACCCCCUUUCUUCUCCCAAGCUGCGUCUUCGGGGGUAACCUCCUGCCCCUCAGCACCAUGCAAGGUCAUGUUGGCGCGAUGAGGAUUUUAAUGUCGUGAGAUUCAUCUCCAUAGCAAGGAGCUGCUGAGUCAAACCCUCCCUGUAAUUAUCGGCCUUGGGAGCUGCAGCACCUGUUUAAACAAGGCUUCAGAAAUGAGCUUUGCUAUGUAGUUUUUCCUUCCCCAGCGCCACCCUCCAGAUCCAGGUAGAAAUGCGUUGACUUUGGUGUGUGUCAGUGUCUCUGGCAUAGGCUGAGCCUUGCGUUUCUGAGCCAGAGUAAAUACAGUGAUGAGUGGGGGGUUGGGGCAGCGAUGAGACCCAUUUUAAAAUCCCCUCUGUGCCGCAUGGAGAAAGGGCUUUGGCAAAGUCCGUUUCAGGUUUGUGCUGCUCAAGCUGUGGAGGCUGGUUUUAGAUUUCACCUUGGAGAUGCAGUAGAAGUGAUGAAGGCCCUCAUCUUCACUAGCGUGUCAGGAAAAGUAACCCCCAGCCGAGAUGACCAGCACCCCAAGACAGCGCUCAGCCUGCGAGAGAGAGUUUGACAAAUUGGCCUGUUUUUCCCCUUUGAGAUCUCUCGAGACACACGAGGAAUGAUUGCAAACCGCCAAGGUGAAUGAGAAGGGUUCGAUCUGUACAAAUACAUGGGGCUUGAGCCCCUCGCUCUGAAGUGUGCAGCAUUGCCAAGCAUCUCAAUUGUACACAUUACUUUUGGUACCUAACCCCCAGGCGGACUCCUGUGGGACGUACUUAUCCGUAAUUGUGCAAAUGUGGUACUGAACUUGGGGGAAAGCCAGGCCCAAGAGAACUGGGAGCACACACUCUGCUCUGUCCUAAUUCCCAAAGGGGGGAUGAAUUUGAAUGUUGCAUCACCUAACUAAAAUUCAGUGGUUGUCGCUUUCCUAAGGAUUGCUGGUAUGGGAUGUAUUAGCCUAGAAUUGUGUUGUUUGGGGAGAAAUUGCUCCUCUAGGAAUGUAGCCUGCACUUAGAAUUUUAUUCUGCUUAUUGAUGGGUUGAUGGACAUAGGGGCAGCUGCAGCAGUGAACUCUCCACCCUUGGCUGGUAGCUGAUGAUCGUCAAAGUGUAGCAUACAGUAUGUCUGAUCUCAAUCUCUCUCUCUGUCAUUUUUUCUUUCCUGAAUUCUGCUGUUUUCUUCCAACACUAGAAAAGUUUAGCAGUGAAAACAUGUUAUUUGCACGUGUAUUUUUUCUAAAAAAUAUAAAAUUUAAAAAAAACCCAACGCAAAUGCAAAGAAAAUGUUUAAAUGUAUUGCCCCACGUUACAGAAUGUUUGCUUCCAUUGGGGUUUCAAAUGCUGUAUUUUACUCUUUGUAUAAAUAUAAUUAUAUAUAUA